AUGUCCUCCGCCGCUCGUUUCGAUUCGUCGGACCGCUCCAGCUGGUACGUGGGCCCGGUGUCUCGGGCGGAGGCGCAGACGCGGUUGCAAGGGCAGCGGCAUGGCAUGUUCCUGGUGCGGGACUCGUCUACCUGCCCGGGGGACUACGUGCUCUCGGUGUCCGAGAACUCCCGGGUUUCCCACUACAUCAUUAACUCCUUGCCCAACCGCCGCUUUAAGAUCGGCGACCAGGAGUUUGAGCACCUGCCCGCCCUGCUGGAGUUCUACAAGAUCCACUACCUGGACACGACCACCCUCAUCGAGCCUGCGCCCAGGUAUCCAAGUCCACCAAUGGGAUCUGGAUCUGCCCCUGCUAUGUCCACUGCAGAAGAAAAUGUGGAGUAUGUUCGGACUCUCUAUGACUUUCCUGGCAAUGAUGCUGAGGAUCUUCCAUUUAAAAAGGGUGAGAUACUGGUAAUUGUAGAGAAGCCAGAAGAACAGUGGUGGAGCGCCAGAAACAAGGAGGGUCGGAUUGGGAUGAUUCCUGUUCCUUAUGUAGAAAAGCUAGUCAGAUCUUCUCAUGGGAAGCACGGAAACAGGAAUUCCAAUAGUUAUGGUAUUCCAGAACCUGCCCAUGCUUAUGCUCAGCCUCAAACCGCAAGUCCGCUUCCCUCUGUAUCCAGUACACCCGGAGCAGUGAUCAAUCCUCUGCCAUCAACACAGAAUGGACCAGUCUAUGCCAAAGCUAUCCAAAAGAGAGUACCCUGUGCUUAUGACAAGACUGCACUGGCAUUAGAG